AAGAAAAAAAAAAUCAUGUUUAAAAUUGUUUUUACUCUAGGUGCCGAGCCUAGCUUGCUGCAGGGUGACGCCCCAGUAAAGGGACGUCCAAAGUCCAGUGAGAUACUGGAAGAGCUGUGGAAUCAGGGCAUCAUUCCAGUGGGAGAAAGCUGGGGGAAAGACAGUGGUCCUGCAUUCUGCAUCAUGGAUGAACCCAAAGGCGCCGCUAGACGGCCUCCUGCCAGACUGAAGUCCCUGAAGGCCAGAAAGGAUCAAAGCCACAGCAAAGAGGACUUGGAUGAAAAGAUGAGGCUGGUUGAGGAGAGACGCAAGUUCAAGCAAGAUGAGCUGAAGACACGUCUAAGGACGAGCUCAGCUCGAGGUCGUAGGUCUGACCCCACCUUCACCACCGAGGACGAUACAGACCCAACCCUGAGCCCCGUGGAGUCACUGCACCUUCCACCGAUCAGCGAACCCUCUCCAGCUUCUCCUCUCCACAGCCAGAUGGCACACAAAGCAGCUAUGGGAGGACAGUGGGUCAAAGAGGCCGCAGGAGACAACGGGGGGUUUCGGGAGGGGGAAAAUGCGAGUCAAGAAGCAGAGGAGAAAGGAGAUUGCCAAGAGGGACGUGCAGAGGAAGGCGAGAUGGAGGAAGAGGAGGUGACUCAAGUGGAGGAGCUGAGGAGGAGCGAGCUCCUCGCAGCGUUAGAAGAGCUGGAGAGUGAUUCCAGCUUUCAACACGCAGAGGACAAAGACGAAACAUUUUAGUCCAUCACAUAAAGGAGCCUCUAAUCAGAGGCAAGAAGGAGGAAGAGGGCCAAAGUUUUAUCAUUUUGCACAUUCAUAAAGGAUCCAACGUGUAUAUAUGGUUGGCCACAUGGAUCUGAUUAAACAAAUGUGAAGAGCAAACCAUCUCUCUUU